GACACGGCGCCCGGGAGAGCUGGGUUUUGUUCUGCGGGCGCGGGGCGGGGGGGGACUCCCGCACCGGUGACCGGAAGUGAUCCUACUGACCGGAAGCGAGGCCUGAAGGGAGAGCGCGGAUGCCCUGAGGGAGGAGCUCUCCGCGAAGGGGGCGGAGGGGACGUUGCGAGCCGCCGGCGAGCUGGCGGCUGGGCUCCCAGGCUGCGUGCCGGGCGCUGGGCGAGCCGGUGGGCGCCGCGGGGCCGAACUCCCGGGCUGAGGACGCGGACGCCUCACGCUCCCGAGAGCCGAGCGGGAGGGCUUUGGGCCCCCGGGGCGCCUGACGGGAGCUGGGCUGGUCGUGCGCUGCUGCUGCUGCCGCCUUUGGACGGGAGCCGGCGCCGGCUGGGGCAGGGAAGGAGCCGGGAUGGCCUGGGCUCUGAAGCUGCCUCUGGCCGAUGAAGUGAUUGAGUCGGGGCUGGUGCAGGACUUCGAUGCCAGCCUGUCCGGCAUCGGCCAGGAACUGGGUGCUGGUGCUUAUAGCAUGAGUGAUGUCCUUGCGUUGCCCAUUUUUAAGCAAGAAGAGACAAGUUUGCCUCCUGAGAAUGAGAACGAAAUCCUGCCUUUUCAGUACGUUCUGUGCGCUGCCACCUCUCCAGCGGUGAAACUGCAUGAGGAAACCCUGACGUACCUCAACCAAGGACAGUCUUAUGAAAUCAGAAUGCUAGACAAUAGAAAACUUGGAGAACUUCCAGAAAUCAAUGGCAAGUUGGUGAAGAGCAUAUUCCGUGUCGUGUUCCACGACAGGAGGCUGCAGUACACUGAGCACCAGCAGCUAGAGGGCUGGAGGUGGAACCGCCCAGGAGACAGGAUUCUCGACAUUGAUAUCCCAAUGUCUGUGGGUAUAACUGACCCCAGGGCCAACCCUACCCAGCUGAACACAGUGGAGUUCCUGUGGGACCCCGCCAAGAGGACAUCUGUGUUUAUUCAGGUACACUGCAUCAGCACGGAGUUCACGAUGAGGAAGCACGGCGGAGAGAAAGGGGUGCCAUUCCGAGUACAAAUUGAUACCUUCAAGGAGAAUGAGAACGGGGAGUACACAGAGCACCUGCACUCGGCCAGCUGCCAGAUCAAAGUCUUUAAGCCUAAAGGUGCAGACAGAAAACAGAAAAUAGAUAGAGAGAAAAUGGAGAAACGGACACCCCAUGAAAAAGAGAAGUACCAACCUUCCUAUGAGACAACCAUACUCACAGAGUGUUCACCGUGGCCCGAGACCACCUACGUCAGCAAUUCCCCAUCACCUGGCUUCAGCAGCUCUCAUAGCAGUUUCUCCCUUGGGGAAGGAAACGGUUCUCCCAAGCACCAGCCGGAGCCGCCCCCUCCAGUCACAGAUAACCUCCUGCCAACGACCACGCCUCAGGAGGCCCAGCAGUGGCUGCAUCGAAACCGCUUUUCCACAUUCACGAGGCUUUUCACCAACUUCUCAGGGGCAGAUUUAUUGAAACUAACUAGAGAUGAUGUGAUUCAAAUCUGCGGCCCUGCAGAUGGAAUCAGACUUUUUAAUGCGUUAAAAGGCCGGCACGAGCACGAGGUCCUGGUGCGAGGAGAAUCUAGUCGGUGCCGACGUGUGGCCGAGGGUCGCAUCGGAGGGGAGCAGCUGCCCUAG